CUCCCAUUGAAGGUUUCCACAGAUGACGAGGCGCUGACCUUCGGCCUCUUCAACUACCUUCUCGCAUGCUGUGGUGCAGCAACAGGCUACAUGCAGCUGAAAUUUAACGUCAUUAGCUACGGUGUCAUGCGCAACGCGCACGACCGUCGAGCCGGGAUGAUCUUUGCCAUGCUCUGCGGUGCGGCGUACUUCAGUACGGUGGAGCACUUCAACUACUUGCCUAAGCUCUUCCUCAGUGCUCUGCUCUUCUUUGCAGGCGCAGGGUUCGUCACUGACAACAUGUGGGGAUCCCGGAAGUUCUUGCACUUUAGUGAGUGGAUGGAGAUCGUGGUGAUCCUGAUCGUCUUCAUCGCCGUGGGUCAGAGCAUGAUUUGGGCCGUUGUGACUGGUUUGGUUCUUUCUGCCAUCGCCUUCAUCGCAAAGUAUGCUCGUGUGCCUUCCAUGGAUGGCUUGCCGAAGCGGGGCGAUCAGGUAGUCACCCGCGAGCGGCCGGUUGGGGAGGUUGGCCAUCAGAGCUUCAUGCACAUCGCCUCGGCUUGGAUCCUGAUCGUGAGCUUGAAGGGCUACGUCUUCUUCAGCUCCUGCGUUCAAGUGAUGCGUUCCGUGGAGGAGCAUUUUCAGAAGGAGGAUGACAAGAAGGUGCCAGGGUACCGAAGGCUCAAGUUCCUUGUCUUCGACGGCUCUGCGCUUGACGGGAUGGAUGCCUCAGGUGCCAUGUGCAUGGCCAAGCUCUCCCGGAGGGCCAAGCAGCGCGGCAUGCGCGUGAUCUGGUGCAACAUCAAGGCGGACCUGGCGGAGGAGCUUCGCGUGCGAAGCAUCCUCGCCUCAGAAGAGGAUCUCUUCGAAGAUCUGGACGUGGCCAUGCCCUGA